GCGCGGCCCGGGCAAGCUGCGCGAACUUUUGCCAGCACAGCUCGGAGCAAAGUGGCGCACGCACGCCGGGAUCCCAGGCUGCCUUCUUCCAAGACGAAUGACAGCAAAAAGGGCAACGCGGGGAAGUGAGGAACAAGUUUGCCUCUGAGACCGCUAACGCUCUUUCUCACUCUCAGCAUCCUCAAGGGAGGGAGGGUGAGGCGGCCUGAAUGUUUCUUCGUGUCUGAGUGAUUCGGCCAAGACAAGGUGAAUGUACAGCAUCAUGAUGGAGACGGACUUGCACUCCCCCGCGGUGCAACAGACCAACCCGUCCAACCCCGGGGGCCACGGUGGCGGCGGAGGCAAAGUCCCACAGGAGCGAAUCAAGAGACCCAUGAACGCCUUCAUGGUGUGGUCGCGUGGCCAGCGACGCAAGAUGGCCCAGGAGAACCCCAAGAUGCACAACUCGGAGAUCAGCAAGCGGCUGGGGGCCGAGUGGAAGGUGAUGACCGAGGCCGAGAAGCGGCCCUUCAUCGACGAGGCCAAACGGCUGCGGGCCAUGCACAUGAAGGAGCACCCGGACUACAAGUACCGGCCGCGGAGGAAGACCAAGACGUUGCUCAAGAAGGACAAGUACUCGCUGGCCGGUGGGCUUCUCGGCAACGCGGCGGCGGGGAUGGGCGGCGGGCAGCGGCUGGAGAGCCCCGGUGGGGGGGCCCUGGGGUCCAGCGCGGGCGUGUACACGGCGCACGUCAACGGUUGGCCGAACGGCGCGUACUCCGUCGCGGCUGCGGCCGCUCACGCCAUGAUGCAGGAGGCGCAGCUUGCUUACACGCAACACCCGGGCGCCGGCGCUCACCCGCACCACCACGCGCACCAGCACCCGCAUAAUCCGCAGCCCGUGCACAGGUACGACAUGAGCGCCUUAUCUUACAGCCCCAUCUCGAACUCCCAGAGCUACAUGAGCGCCUCUCCGCCCGUCUACGGGGGCAUCACGGGCUACACGCAUCACCAGCACCACAGCGCCGGCAUGUCACCCGUGCCGGGGGCGCUCGGGGGAACUCUGGGAACCCUGGUGAAAUCGGAGCCGAGCGCGAGCCCUCCCGUGUCCACGGCGCGCCAGCCGUGCCCCUCGGGGGACCUGCGGGACAUGAUCAGCAUGUACUUGCCCACCGGGGACGCGGCGGGUGACUCGUCCGUGCAGGGGCGCCUGCACGUGCUCCACACGCAGCAUUACCAGGGAAGCAGCGCCCACGUGAACGGGACGGUUCCCCUGACGCACAUUUAAAUGUAUUUGAUGUUUUACAAGCACUAAACCGCAACCAAAUACUCCGAGCAGUGGUGGGCCACUGCCGCUCGCGUAUAAAUUAAGGCGUUUAAGCCAUAAAAAUGCAAUCACCUUGAACAAAGUUUCGCCCCUUCCCCUCUACCCAUUCCCAAAUGUUUUCUUUCUUUUGUCUGGCCAAGCUUGGCGGAACGCUCACGCUGAUUUAUUUGAGCUCACGGUAACAGAGGUUGCCACGUUUUCACACGGUUUAAAUUAUAAUCCUCCAAGUCUGGUGCAUUAUAAAUUUUUAUUUUAUUUAAUUUUUCACGUUUUUCUGGAAUUUGGGGCGCUGGAAAAAGUGUUUUGGAAAAAGUUUCCAGACAGCAAUAUGAAUUGAUUUUAAUUUGUAACCCAUCUUGUAAACGCGUGAGUCGGUCGGUGUAAUUUGAUUUUGUUGUUGUAAGUGUUGUUAACGGUGAAUAAAUAUGCCAACUGAAAACGCUUUAUGCAACUGUAUUGUCAAAAGGAGGAGUAAUUCGCUUUUCCCUGCUCACUUAAUUUCCCAAACAUUUUCGCACCACCAUUUUGUUUUUGCUUGAAGUGGGCUUUCGCCGAACGAAAUUGAAAGAGCAUUAUGUCAUGAAUACAGAAAAAGUGGUUGCUUUGUAUUACAAAUGCUCCCUCCUGUGAUGUCCUGCUAUUUAUGCUUUAAAUGAUUAGUUCUCGAUUCGAUUUUUCUGUCAGUUUCGUUUACCCUUCGAGGGAAGUAAAUUGACUAAUUCAUUUUCAAUUGGAACAUAAAUGAUUGUUUUAUGUGAUACCGCAU